UUUUGUGUGUGUGUGUGUGUGGGGGGGGCUGUUGGGAAAUCGGAUUUCGACAACACAUCGUGGAUAGCGACCUCUGGAAUUGGCACAUUAAUCUGACUGUUUGGGCGGGACGGGAAGUUUUAGCUGAGAUUUUGUUUUCUGACGUGUGAUAAAAAGCUCACAUCUAACGCGUCAACAUGGACUACAAGCCUAUCAUAAACAGCGACGGCAGAUCAAGUUACGGCGUGGCCAAUCCGGGUUACCUCAGAGCGGCCGACGGCCCUCCCGCAAUGUUUGCCCCACCCGCACCUGACUCGCGUGGGCCGAGCGCUCCGCCAGCCAGCAUGUUCGACAACAUGCCCGGCUAUGAAGGCACUGUGGCGGGCGGAGGAGGUGGAUUUCUGCCCCCUCCGAUGCCGACGCAACCGUCUCCUCAGCCAAAACCCGGACCGGAACAACCGCAAUGGAAUAUUCCUUCAAUAAGUGAGACUACAGCGCGGGAGGCAUUUGCCCUGUGGGCCAAGAGCAAGUGUUGUUACAGUUCAGCACCAGCAAAAGAUGGAGUGAUCACCAACAUGGAGGCUUUCAAUACCUAUAGGUACCGACUGGAAACAUUCAUUGAGUCGAGAUUGACUGAGUGGAGUCAUGAGCCAUAUAAUGGCCAGCCAGUGGACGCGUAUGCCCAACACCCUCCAGGGCCCUGGGAUAUUCCUGCGACAGCCCCCAGUUAUUUUACAGACGGCAAACAGAUCAUCAAAGUUCCCUACACUUCAUCUAUGAAGAGCUGUCAUGUUUGCAUGGGAAUGGGGCGGGCCCCUUGCAAAGACUGUGCCGGCGCAGGCAAUAAAGUUUGUUGGGUGUGCAAUGGAGCUGGUUUUCGCCAUGGAAAUGACCGAUGCAGUCAUUGCUUUGGCAGAGGGAGGGAAAACUGCCACAGCUGCCAGGGGCAAGGAUCCAAGCAAUGCCCCACAUGUCAAGGAAAACAGCAGCUUUUGGUCUAUAUCAACGUCAUUAUAAAAUGGACCAACAACUCUGACGACUACGUUGUGGAACAGUCCAGUGGACUUCAGCUGGAUAACCUCAGCAAAGUGUCUGGCAAGGAGCUUUUCAGGGACUCUCAAUACUUGUUAUACCCAGUGAUGGGAUUCCCGGACCCUGCUGUGGUAACCGCUGCACAGCGUUUAAUCAACGAACACCAGGGCAAGUUCUCCCAGACCUCUCGCAUUCUUCAACAGCGUCAAACUAUCGAGCUGAUCCCUGUCACCAAGGUGACCUACUCAUGGAAAGGGAAAAUGCACAUUUACUUUGUUUAUGGAAAUGAAUUUAAAGUCGAUGCUGACAACUACCCUGCCCAGUGUUGCUGCACGGUGAUGUAACUGCAGAAGCUGAUAGAUCCAUAUUGUCCUCUCUAAGCAACAGUGAAUUUACAAAUGAUUGUAUGAGUUAUGAAUGAAAUAUAUGCCGGUAUACGUGUCUUUCUGAAUGUCAUGAAUAUCCUUUCUUAUUCCUGGAGCUGGAGAGAAACUUCAUACUGCCCACAAAAUAAUAUCAAGGAAAACGUUAAAAUAUAAUCAUUUUUUCAUAAUAAUUUCCAGUAAAUUGAACUUUAUAUUACUUUUGUAUUUUUCUAAAUCACUUCAUUGUAUAAUUUCUGUAUCAGUAAGUUUCCAAUUGAAUGUAUUUUAUAUCAUGAUAUCAUCGUUUUUUUUUUAUAAACAAUACUGCUUAUGCAAUUGCAUAAAAAAAUACUCGUACAACCUGUAUUCAAUUCAGCGAGAAAUUCGAAUAAAUUGUGUUUCGUAA